ACAAACAAGCAAUUGGACUGAAUCCAGUUUCUAUUCGGCAACACCAACAACCAACACACCAACACAACACACGUGCACACAUUGGUUGGUGAGCAAAAAGACGAGAGAGGACAACCAACAAGCAAACCAACACAGCAAACCAACAAGCAAACCAACCAGCACACCGCAGACAGACCACCAGCAGACACUGCCACGAUGCCUUCCCGCAGGCAGAGGAAGCUGCGCGCUGCAGAGGGCACGCGAUCAGGCACGGACAUGUCCGUUGCCACCCUCUUUGUGCGCAACCUCGCCUUCUCGGUGACGGCUGAGGACUUGGAGAAUGUGUUCAGCGACAUUGGGCCCGUCCGGCAAUGUUUCAUCGUCAAGACACCGCAAGGCGGAAGCCGUGGAUUCGGGUAUGUGUUGUUUGGCAUGCGCGAGGAUGCGAUGGAAGCACAGAAGCAGCUCGACGGCCACAAGCUGCACGGCCGACCCAUGUCUGUCCAGUUUGCCCGCCGCAAAGGCGCUCAAGGCCCCGCGCCUGCGCCGCGGCCCAAACAGGAGCAGGAGAUGCAGGAGAUGAAGUACGAGGAAGCAGAGCCAAUGGCAAAGGAGGUUCAACAACAGGAAGAGCACCAACAGGCCAAGGAAGAGGAGGAAGAGAGCGAAGACGACAAUGACGACGACGGUGACGAUGACGAUGAUGACUAUGAGCUGGAUGAGGAUGAAAAGGCGAUGCUUCCACGCAGAUCUGUCGUUGCCAUCAAGGAAGAGGAAGACAUCAAGGAGGAGGAAGAGGUGGGCGAUGAGCCGGAACUUCAGGCGCACUCGCAAGUGCACGCAGAGGACACCAAGGCAACAAAGAAAGACAAGAAGGGGAAGAAGGACAAAAAGGAGAAGCAGCAGAAGAAAGAAAAGGCUGUCCCGCGGGAAAUGACAGCUGAGGAGAAGGCGGCAUUUGAGCAGCGAGAGGCAGACAGGCGCACCAUUGUCAUUAAGAACUUAUCGCGACAGACAAACAAGAAGAAGCUGUUCCAGAAGAUGCGCAAGUAUGGAACAGUCAAGGGGAUCACCAUGGUGGACAAAACCACCGCGCACGUGACAUUCACCAACACGACUGACGCGACCACCAAGUUCAUGCGCAACAUUGUUCUGCGUCUGGACCAGCACGAGCUGCACGGCAGCACCAUCUCUGUUCGCCUCAAGUCCAAGCAGAAGGCGGAGAUUCCCGAAGCGACGAAGAAGGACGCACGCCUCAUUGUCCGCAACCUCGACUUUUCAACAACAGAGGAUGACCUGCAACGCAUUUUUAGCCGCUUUGGCAAGCUGGCAGAGACAAAGAUUGUCAAGGACGACAAGGGCCGUUCAAAGGGUUUUGGGUUUGUGAUGCUGUCGAACCCGCUGGUGGUGAAGAAGGCCGUAAAGCAAGUCAACGGCCGCACACUCAACGGUCGGGCGAUUGCUGUUGACUUUGCGCUGAACAAGAAGGAGUACGAGAAGAAGAAGCAGGAGCGGAGUGCACAGAUGGCUAUGAAGGAGGAGGAGGAGGCGGAUGUCAGCGACGACGACAACGCUGAUGCUGAUGUUGAUGAUGAUGAUGAUGAUGAGGAGAGCGAUAGUGGCGAUGAUGACGACGAAAUGGACGAGGAUGAUGACGAGGACGAUGAGGAUGAGGAUGAGGAUGAUGGUUACGGCGUGGCAGAUGGCCGCACGCUGUUUGUCGACCACAUUCCGACGAGCGUCAAGACGCCGCGCAUGGUAAAGCUGUUCCACGCGUUUGGCGAAACCGUCUACUGCCGCAUCCUCCGCGACCACGAAUCCGGAGAGUCCCGCGGGCGUGGGUUUGUCAAGUUCAAGACAAAGGAGGCUGCAGAUGCCUGUCUCGAAAAGGCACAGACAGAGGGUCUGUCCGUGGGCAACCAGCGGCUGACGAUUGACCGGGCAAAGUCGCGUAAUGAGACACGCGUUGCCGAUGCGACAGAGGGGCACACCGUCUUUGUCAGGGACAUGUCGCUUGAUUCGACGCACGAUGACCUGAAGGAGCUCAUGUCCCAGUUUGGUACCGUGAAAUACGCCCUCCUCGUCAAGGACAAGCAAACAGAUUUGCCGCGCGGUACUGCGUUUGUCCGCUUCAGCUCGAAGGAAGAAGCAGAUGCGUGCUUGGAGGCAGCCAGCAAUCCAGACGCGCCGUUGAUGUUGGACACGCGGCAGCUCGCCGUCUCUCGCGCACUUCCAAAGCGAGACGUUGAGGAGCGGCAGAAGGAGCGGAAGGAAAAGCCAAAGGUUGACCGGCGAAACCUCUACCUCCUGCGGGAAGGCGCGAUUCCGACGGACCACCCGGCGUAUGCGAGCUUGUCAGACGCGGACAAGCAGCGGCGGCAGCGGCUGGAGCUGGAGGGGAAGGAGAAGGCAAAGAACCCAAACAUGGCAAUCAGCAAGACGCGCCUGACCAUCCACAACAUUCCGCUCACCGUGGACGAGAAGCAGCUGAAGCAGAUUGUGCGCAACACAAUCGGCAAAGUCAAGAUCACACAGGUGAAGAUUGUCCGGGACGAGGAGCGGCCGGGCCCGGACGGCAAGCCGCGCUCCCGCGGGUUUGGUUUCAUUGAGUUUGGCAAGCACGAGGCUGCGCUUGAAGCGUUGCGGAAACUGAACAACAGCCCGAGCGUGUUUACGAAGCAGCGGCGGCCCAUUGUGCAGUUUGCAUGGGAGAACGCCCUCGUCCUGCGCGCCCUCAAGGAGAAGAUGCAGCGAAUCAAGUCGCGACAAGAGCAGCUGAAGAAAGCGGCGCUGCUGAACGACGACCGGCUGGUGAUUGGCGAGGAGGGCGAGGAGAAGGAGACGCAGCAGCCCGUCAUCAAGGCAGGGAAGAACAAGAGGAACAAGGACAAGAAGGACAGGAAGGACAGGAAGGACAAGAAGAGGGGCAAGGGGGAUGAGAGCACUGGCGGUGAUGGCGGUGAUGAUGGUGAGAAUGCAGCGAAGAAGGCAAAGAAGAGCAAGAAGGAGAGCAAGAAGGAGAGCAAGAAGAAGGGUUCGGGCGAGCAGAAACCGCGUCGCCACAGGCGCAUGGACGAGCUUGACGCAAUUGCAGCGACCGUCGACACGAGCGGAAACACGGAUGGACGGUCCAAGCCCCGACGCGCAGCAAAGAAGGCGGAGAAAGCCAAGGAGGUGGCGUUUGAUGACAUGGUGGCCAAGUACCGCAAGAAGCUUGACCAAGACGAUAUGAUGGCAAAGUGGAUGUGAGCAACCAUGGACAUCGGAGGCAUUGGGUGACGCCUGUUCCGUCCAUGUGUGUGUGUGUUUGUGUGUGUGUGUCCAUGUGUCCAUGUGUGCGUGUGUGCGUGUAUGUGUGUGUGUGUGUGUGAAGAGCGAGGAGAGUGUGUGCGGUGACGAUGUGCGAUGUAGUUGUAGUUGCGUGCGGUGGAGGUGGUGUGGUUUGAGGCCGACGCAGUUCUGGUCGUGUACAGUGCGCAAAAUUUUCAUGUCAUCUUUCAUGUCAUAACAACGUCCACAAAUAACAACCUGGCAACAAGAAAUCUAGUUGUCGAAC